AUGGGACUCUCGGGUUGGCUUCGCGCGGCGUACGACGGGAAGCGUAGUCCGAGCGAAGGACAGGAAGUGGCCCCAGGUGUCCCCACACCCUCAGUGCCACCUCCCUUCUCCCUUAGCCCCAUCUCACCCAGCCUCCACACUCCAUCUACUCUGAACCCCUUUCCUCUCGGGCACAAGGUGCAUGUCUGCCACAGUGAUUGCUUACUGGCUGUUCCUCUGCCCCCUCCCAUCCUUGAAGGGACCCCAUAUCUCAUUCCCUCUGGGACCAACCUUCAGCACCUGAACUCCCUCAGCCUGGACAGAUUUCUAAACCACCCUACCCUAGCCAGUCUAGUAAAGCCCGAGACCCUACGUCCUCCAGACCUGGAUCCCACCAGACUCAGGCCCCCUCCUGGCAAGAGCCCAGCCCCUCGUCCACCUUGUGUAUUCUUCUACUCCUUUCUGUCUCUCUGUCUCUCUCGCUCAACCUGUGUCAUUUCCCUAGAAGUCCCCCUGACAGCUGGCGCUCCCAGAAAGACCUUGGCCCACCCUAAAAUUGCACCUCCGGGCUUCUCAGAGUCCCUAGACACACCUGUGACAUUCUGCCGCAGUUCACCGCAGGCCCUCACCCUUGACCUUCUCAAGCUGUGCUCUGCCGGACACACCCCUACACACCACCCCCAAGCUGCAACCUGCCCACGGCAGUCCUACUUUGUAUCCGACUACGAUCCCACCAUCGAAGACUCCUACACCAAGAUCUGCACGGUGGACGGUGUCCCCACAGUCCUGGACACGGCGGGCCAGGAGGAGUUUGGGGCCAUGCGUGAACAGUACAUGAGAGCCGGGCACGGCUUCCUGCUGGUGUUUGCCAUCAACGACCGGCAGAGUUUCAACGAGGUGAGCAAGCUCUUCACCCAAAUCCUCCGUGUCAAGGACCGCGACGACUUCCCUGUCGUACUCAUCGGGAACAAGGCCGACCUGGAGAGCCAGCGUCAGGUGGGGGUCCCCAGCACCCCCUCGCUUGCCUCCUGCCUCCCUCGCUGGUCUCUUCCUCCUGCACCCUAUGGCAGAUGGGUUCGUUGCAAGUUGGGCCCAGGGGAGGAACCAGCACCCAGCAGAGCCCAGAGAGGGGACUGGGUGUAAGACAAGGAGUCCGUCACCCCGUCAGCCACCUGUUCCCUGAGUCUCUCUGCCUUGUCCCCUUGUCCUUGGUGAUUCUCCACCUGCCUCCUCUCCCACCUAGACCCUCACUCACGCUGGCUUCCAGCCACCAGUUUCUCUCUUUCAGUCAAC